CAGAGCGACAGCAGCAAGUAUGCGGAGCUGCUGGUGUUCGGCUACGCCUGCAAAAUGUUCCGGGACGAUGAGAGGGCCAUCUACCACGAUCAGGGCAAACACCUUAUCCCAUGGAUGGGGGACAAGAACAUCAUGAUCGAUAGGUCGGUUAAACAAACCUAAUGGGAAUCAUUUUUAACCAACUUAAUGUCUUCCAAAGGGACCUUGGAUGUAUUUGUUGUUUUGCAGCGCAGGAGGAGCUGAUGGCAUUGUGUGAUGUUUACAUGGCCAAAAGUGAAUAAAAGAAACUUGACAUUGACAGAUCUAAGAUAACGUGCUUGGAUUGUGAUCAUUUGUAAUCUCAGUGCACUGACAACGCAGACAAGCGUUUCAACACAAAGAUAAGCCUAACACGGUUUUCUGGCCUUUGAUGGUUUAAGCUAGUUUCCCAGUCUGACAGGCUAAAAAAAGUGCCCAGACCCCUCUAAAACCAUCCAUGAGACCAUCAAACCAGUUUAGGCCGGUUUAAGUGUUUGGAACAGGUUAGGGGAUGUUUUAAAUCCAAAGCAGAGUCCUUGCUCAUUGGCCCCCACUUAUAUAAUUUAAAAUGUAUGUAAAAAGAAAUACAUAUAUUUAUGGCAAAUUGAUGUUGAAAUGUGAAUAUGAAUGUGUACUGGUCAUGUGAGGCCUCUGCUUUUUGCCACUUGCAUUGUUCACAGGCAUUUAUUUGAUGAAAUGUGACCACAAAACCAGUCAUAAGGGUCAUAUUUAAUUAUUUCGUUAGUUCAUUAGGAUACAGCUAUUUUAAAAUCUGGAAUCUAAAAGUGCAAAAAUGAAUUGAAAAAAUUGUCUACAAAGUAUUUAGCAACAAAUAUUACAAAUACAGAAUUAGGUUUUUAUAUAUUUCUAACAGAAAAUAAAAGAACAAUCCCAUACAGUGUAUUGUUGGUUAUUGCUACAAUUUUAUCAGUGCUACUUAUGAUUGGUUAUGUGUUCCAGGGUCACAAAUGCAAACCAAGGCAAAUUCGCAUUAGAUUAACCUGCUCCUGUAAAUUAGUUCUGGCAUUAAGGUGGUUCCCACAGAUAAUGUAUGAUUAAAACCCUGUUAUUUAGGGGUUUGACAAUACUCGUGUCAUGUAUCGAACCGUUCACGGGCAUUUUCCAAACGACUAAAUAAUGGACGUAAGUGCCCUGCUCGCUCCAAAGUCCCCACUAACAAGGGCGGUAGGAUGAUCACUUUCAUUUAGAAAAUACCCGUGAAUCGUUCAGUACAUGAUACGCGUAUCUAUACACCCCUACUAUUAUGUGAAUUCUGUCUUUGUGCAUCCCAAGUCUAACAUUGUUUUUUUGCAGGAAGUACUUUUAACAUAUUAGUCAGUUAAAUAUCGCUUUCUUUAUCUGUUUUCGUUUUUUCCUCCUCACUCUUUCCAGUUCCGCUGCAGUCCUGUUAAAAUGUUAAAAUUGUUAACGAGCAAGGAGUGUGUUGAAACGCAGUGGGUUGCAUUGAGCCACCUUAAUCUGCAUGGAUCUGUUUUCUUGUUUCCAAUGUGUAUGUGUGUGUCUCUCUAUCACGUAAUACAGAACUUAUUUCCUCAGCAAUUAAGGCUAAGGGGUCCCGCCAGGCCCCGAUUGCCACCUCAUCGCCCACUUCUCUCUUUUGCCGAAGAAACUGGAACUGAGAAGUGGAAUACAGGAGCGAGCGCAGGAAAAUUUCCUCCAUAUGGGUUCUUACGGAUAGGUACGAUGGCCGCGGUCAUUUACACGAUCUUUCGGAAUAUGACGCAGGCUCGUGGAAUCACGAUUACCAGCUGUCUGAGGAAGAGGCCAGGAUAGAGGCUCUGUGUGAUGAGGAGAGGUAUCUGGCCAUGCACACUGAUCUACUGGAGGAGGAGGCCAGGCAAGAGGAGGAGUAUAAAAGGCUGAGCGAAGCCUUGGCUGAUGAAGGCACCUACAACGCAGUGGCCUUCCGUUACAGCGCCGACUAUUACGACCCCUCCCAGCCCACUGAGGAAGAUGAGGCCAGCAAAGAAGCAGAUCAAGAGCAGCAGGAGGAAGAGAGCGAGGAGCCAUUUGUGGCGCCCCCUGGCCUCCUCAUCCCUCCGGAUGUAGAGCUGCCUGCGACCACCAAGACGCACGCUAUUAUCGAACGCACCGCCAACUUUGUAUGCAAGCAGGGGGCCCAAUUUGAAAUUGUGCUGAAGGCGAAGCAGGCUGGGAACUCCCAGUUUGAUUUCCUGCGGUUCGACCACUACCUGAACCCUUACUACAAGCAUAUUUUACGAGCUAUGAAGGAGGGGAGGUACACACCGGCAUCAGAGGGCAAACAGGACCAGCAACAGGAAUCAAAGUCAGACAAUUCUGACAAUGACGACGAUGACGACGAUGGAGAUGGAAACUACCUGCAUCCAAGUUUGUUUGCAUCCAAGAAGAGCUCUCGUCUGGAGGAAAUAAUGAAGCCUCUGCAGGUCAUUGAUCCAGAUCACCCGUUGGCUGUGCUUGUUCGAAAAGCCAAACAGGAGAAAAAUGGAGCUGCAGCGAUGGCGACCAAAGCAGCGGAAGAGCAUCAGUCAGCAGUAGCCACACAGGCAGAAUACACAUCUGACCCUAAUGUGGCAGCAAUGUACUAUGGGUAUUGUAUGCUGCCUGAUGGGACAUACUGCCUUGCCCCACCGCCUCCUGGGAUUGAUGCCAGCCCUUAUUACACAUCGCUGCCCACUGGCAUGAUGCCGGCUCCUCCUGCAUCUGGUCCUCCUCCUCCCCCAGGCACUACACCUUCGUUGGAUCCUACGGCUGCAAUCCCAUCAGCCCCUGCUGCAGGUCCAGUCACUGUGUCAGCUCCUCCAUCGGCUCCGCUCUCGCAUUCCGCUCCGGCCGCCCCUCCGACUUCCAGUUCUCGACCUCCUCAAACCACUGUUGCACCCACGGUGCCGACGGCUGCCACCCCUGUCGCAGCCAUCAUCCCUCCUCCUCCCGACAUCCAGCCUGUCAUUGACAAACUAGCUGAGUAUGUGGCCAGAAACGGGGUGAAAUUCGAGAGCAGCGUGCGUGCCAAGAAUGACCCGCGGUUUGACUUCCUGCAGUCCUGGCACCAGUACAACUCCUAUUAUGAGUUCAAAAAGCACUACUUCAUGCAGAAAGAAGGCCUGAGCAUGCAGGAGGGUUCGCUGCUUUACAACAGUGGGGGGGACAGCACGGCGAACUGCGCUUCUGACAAGCAGCAGAACGAGGGCAAGCUCAUUAAAGCGUCCUUUGCGCCCAUCUGCUUCGCUAUAAAGUCGAAAGAAAACGACCUACUGCCACUGGAGAAGAACCGCGUGCGACUGGACGACGACUCAGAUGAGGAUGGGAUGAAGGGGGAGGUGCAAGAGGGAGCGGAGCUGGCGAUAGGAUUGGUUGAAGCAGCCACCAAAGAGCCACCUCAACCUCCAGUGGCUGAGGAGAAGAAACCUGUACUGUCCCAGGAAGAGCUAGAGGCCAAACAAGCCAAACAGAAGCUGGAGGAUCGGUUAGCAGCCGCAGCGAGAGAGAAACUGGCCCAGGCCUCCAAAGAGUCUAAAGAGAGGCAGCUUCAGGCUGAGCGCAAGAGGAAAGCCGCCCUCUUCCUGCAGACUCUGCGAGGGCCAGAGGCAGAGGUCAAACGUACAGAGGAAACCACUGCUGCGCCUGAGCCAUUGGUGUCCACCCUUCCCAUGAGUGGCAUCCCUCAACACACAUCUCGUAUACCAGGCUUUGACUACCAGCCUUUGGAAAGCGCGCUUAUAAGGAGUGCGAACGCCUCUGCUUCUCAUGUGACCAUUUCUUCCUCCUCAUCUUCCUCCCGUGGGAUGGAAAGGGAGCGGGACAGGGAUCGUGAUAGGGAUCGGGAUCGUGAACGGGACAAGAGGAAGAAGAAACAUAAGAGAAGGUCUCGGUCUAGGUCUCGCUCGCACUCCACAUCCAAAUCUCAAACCAAGCACUCUUUGCCCAGUGCCUACCGAAGCUUCAGGAGAUCCAGGUCUCACUCUCGUUCCCCCAGCCGCAGAGACAGACGGGCUCGCUCCUCGGACAGAAAGCGUGAUGAGAGAGAAAAGGAGAGCUAUGGCCCAAGCACCUACCGCAUUGGCGGCAACCCAGGACUGGGCAGGAAGCGCUCCAGAUCGAGGUCACCUCAUGAAAAGAAGAAAAAGAAGGGUUCAAAGUCAUCACACCAAUUUAAGGGUUCCUCCUGUUCACCCUUGGCAUCCCCUGACAGAGGCGGAGCCAUGGCCAGAGUCUCUGCAAGCCCCUCCCCUGCCACAAGCCCCACCUCCAGCCUGGGGAGAUCCAGGGGUGGCUCUCAGGAGAAAGACAAGCAAGUGUCCUCCACUAUUGUCUCUUCGGUGCAAAGCAAAAUCACUCAGGACCUCAUGGCUAAAGUGCGAGCAAUGCUUGCUGCCUCCAAAGGCCUUCAGCCGAACCCCUCCUGAAAGAGUUCUACCACAUCCAAACAGGAUCAAUCUCCAACUACAUCUCGCGAAGCAGCAAAAGGUUAACUACUGGACCGCUGUUGGCCUGUCAAGCUGCACAAUGCUGGACGCUUUUAUCCCUUUAUGUAUGCCUGUUUGGACCUC